AUUAUAAUGGUUUAAAUAUAAUAUUUUAAAUUCGUUUUUUCCAAUCACUCGUACCAUUUUUGCACUAUAGUGGAAUCGUUUAACGUAUUUUACAGUGAUAUUAUUUAUACCUACUCACCAAGAUGACUGAUAUUUCAUUAUUGGAUUUAUCUAGUCAAGAAUUGCGAAAGUUGCCAAAAAAUGAAAACAGCCAUAUUAUUAAAGUCUUAGAUGUGAAAAAAAAUUGUUUACAAAAACUGGAAAAUGUUGAAUAUUUUACUGAACUUAAUGAAUUAAUUGCAAGCCACAAUCAGAUGAUGAGAAUGUAUACUGUAGCAAAGUUAACAAAAUUAGUAAAAUUAGAUUUAUCUAAUAAUCACUUGAUGAGUAUUGAAGGGCUCAGAGAUUUAGUAAAUCUAACAUGGCUUAAUUUGUCUAAUAACAAAAUCAAAAUUAUUGAACAUUUAUCAACUAAUGUCAACUUAGUGCACAUAGACUUGUCAUUCAACAGCAUAUCAUACAUUACCAAUUUGAGUCAUCUUUUAAAACUUGAAAAACUUUUUUUGCAUUCAAAUCAUAUUUGCCAUUUAACCAACUGUCAGCAUUUUCUUCCAGUCAACUUACUUACUCUUACUUUAGCCAAUAACAAUCUUAAUGAUUUGAAUGAAAUAUCACAGCUUUGUCGUCUUGGUUCAUUAAGAGAAAUCACUUUAAAUGGUAAUAGUUGCCUAGAAGGAUACACAUUUAAUUAUAGACCAUUUGUAGUCAAUUGGUGUCCUAGUGUUAAAAUAGUUGAUGGUUAUGCUGUGGAUGAUAUUGAAAAUCUUAAAGCCGAAUGGUUGUAUAGUCAAGGUCAAGGACGAAAAUUUCAUACUGGACAACAUGCAGCUCUUGUCCGUUAUUUAACAGAAACAUGUCCACUUACUAGUCAUGCUUUAGAGACUGAGCAAGAAAGAAAAUUAAGAUUAGUUUUGAGCAAAGCUCAACAAUACAGAGAGCAAUUACAUAGAACAAGUACACCAAAUAUUAAAGAAUCAGGACAAGAAUCGUUGAUGACUAGGAGUCUAGAUCCUAGUAUAUUGAAGUCUACUACUCAAAGGCUAUCUACUGGUUCAGAAAGCUGCCAAGGAACACCUAAUAGUAUGUCUCGUAGUGUCCAUUUACCAGUGACUGAAGUCAAUAGUUUUGUCCAAUCUCCACCUCUACCAGCUGCCAGCACUAUGCUACCGAUUUUAGACUCAUUACCUAGUCCACUGACGCCAAGUGUACCUAAAUCAAGACCUAUAAUUGGUGUUCAAACUCCAGCUGGUGAAGAAUCACGAGCACCUACUAUGGAAAAAUUGCAAAUGAUUAAAAAUAAAGCGUCACAAAUGAACGGUAUUGAGAACAAAGAUUUACACCAGUCAGCUAUAGUUAUACAAAAAGCAUGGAGAGGAUAUCAAACUAGAAAUUUGAACAAAACAGUAUCCAAGUUAUAUCAGCACAUACAAAUGCUGCGUUUCAAUCAAUACAUCAAGCAAAUGAGUAAAGAUUUAGUAGAUACCAAAAGUACUCUAGAAAAAGAACACAAAUUAGUGGUGUUACAAAUGCAAGCUAUAAAUGAGCUGUGGAAAAAGGUUAACAGUAUGGACAACAAAUUAAGCAGUGAUAAUGGUGAUUCCAACUGUGUGUUAUGCUCUACAUUGGAUUCUAAGGUUCAAAAGUUGCAAGAUUCCAUGAAUCGUGUGUUACGAUGUGUGAAUCCUUCAGCACAGAGUGUCGCAGAAACACAAACGGAUAUCACUGCCGUUCAAACACCAGUUGAAGAAAGUUGUCCUAACGCUAACACAAUAACCAGGCCCAAUUUUCUUCCACUCUCUAAAUCAUGCACGAAUCAAGUCGUAGAAACUACCAUUGCCCCUACAGCAAUGUCUUCGGACAUCUAAAUUAUAGAUCUGUAAAAAAACUGUUCAAAAUUUCUUUUGUAUAAUACUUAUGUACUCUUUUAAAAAAAAUCAUGAAUAACUUUUGCAAUGAUUUAGUCAAACCUAUUGAAGUUAAAUACACUUUUUUUCCUAAUUUUUAUUAUCUAUUUUA